AUGGAUAUGAGCCUAACGACGAUUGCUGGUAUCGAGACAUAUCUCGCCUCGACACGGUAUGCUGCUGCAUCCAUCGAGACCGUUUCGGGCGGACAUACUGCAUUCUUAUACCGGGUGGUUCUGAAAGAGCCGUUGGAGACGGGAGAAAAAACUGUGAUAAUCAAACACAGUCUAGGUUAUGUCGCACAGAGUUUGGGGGACGCAAGUCGAGCUGGAGCAAUCACACUGAACGUAGAACGCAUGGACUUUGAACACGAAGCACUUGAAUUGGUCUACUCCAACCCGGGGCUCUCGAAGAUCGUGCAUGUUCCGCGUGUAUAUUCGUAUGAUCAAUUGACGCACACGAUGGUCAUGUCGGAUGUGGCGCCAUGUAAAGUUCUUUCAGCCGUGCUGCUAGAAGCAGAUGACGAACUAGUUGCGAGGAUCGGACAUGCAUUGGGAGAAUUUAUGGGUAGAUUUCACAAGUGGUCCAGCCUCCCUGAACAAGACAGCGUGAGAAGGCGGUUCUUGGAGAAUGAGACGAGUAGGGACGCAGUGCUUGGUAUUCGAUGGCAACUUGCGAUUGCAGCGGCCAAGAAAUUUGGGCUGGAACGAGAGUGGAUGGAGGAUCUACAACAGGCCGGAUUAGAAGAUGCGAAAUCUGGCGGCCCGGUCGUUUGUAUGGCGGAUUUUUGGUUUGACAACAUACUUGUCUCCACGGCCGGUGACCUACAAAUCUACAUCGUCGACUGGGAAACAGCUCGUACCGCCCGGCCCGAACUCGAUGUGGCGCAUUUCGCGACCGCAGCAUACAGCCUCGUCCAUAUUCACAAACGCAACCCGCUCAUGCGCGAAUUCUUCCAAGCCUACAAGGAGCAUAUGAACUUGGACGAAAUUCAAUUGGGAAUAAACGCUGGUAGAGAUAUGUUGAGCUUUGGUGUGAUCAUGCCUUGGAUCCGGCAUCGAGACGAUUCUGUUCGACGGCCCAUUGCGCAACUCGGCGUCGAGUUGUUUGAAGCUGUUCGGGCGAAUGACCAACAGGCGCUCAGGAAGAACCCAGUUCUGGCCGAUUUGUAA